GGGGCUCGGCGAGGAGCGGCGGGCGCUGCGGGGCGCGGCGGGGGCUGCCCCGCUCGGCCGGGCGGCCGUGACCGCGGCACCGCCAGCGACGGACCGGCACGGAGAGGCACGGAACGGCACGGAGCGGCACGGAACGGCCCCGAGCGCGCCGGGCAUCGUUUCGCGUGUUGGUCUGAGCCACGGCAAGCAAGGAAUAUGAACAGGAAAACAAGGCGCUGGAUCUUCCACAUCUUCCUGAGCCUGGGGAUUGUGUAUAUCAAGAUCGGGGGUUUUUCGUCGGUGGUGGCCCUGGGAGCGAGCAUCAUCUGCAACAAGAUCCCGGGGCUCGCCCCCCGGCAGCGGGCGAUCUGCCAGAGCAGGCCCGACGCGAUCAUCGUCAUCGGGGAGGGGUCCCAGAUGGGCAUCAACGAGUGCCAGUUCCAGUUCCGCAACGGGCGCUGGAACUGCUCUGCCCUGGGAGAGAGGACCGUCUUCGGGAAGGAGCUCAAAGUGGGGAGCAGAGAGGCCGCGUUCACCUACGCCAUCAUCGCGGCCGGGGUGGCCCACGCCAUCACCGCUGCCUGCACGCAGGGCAACCUGAGUGACUGUGGUUGUGAUAAGGAGAAACAGGGACAGUACCACAAGGAGGAAGGCUGGAAAUGGGGAGGCUGCUCCGCUGACAUCCGAUACGGGAUCGGAUUCGCCAAGGUCUUUGUGGACGCCCGGGAGAUCAAACAAAACGCCAGGACGCUCAUGAACCUGCACAACAACGAGGCUGGGAGGAAGAUUCUGGAGGAAAACAUGAAGUUAGAGUGCAAGUGCCAUGGGGUCUCGGGAUCCUGUACCACUAAAACAUGCUGGACAACCCUGCCCAAAUUCCGGGAGCUGGGCUACAUCCUGAAGGACAAGUACAACGAGGCCGUUCAGGUGGAGCCCGUGCGGGCGAGUCGCAACAAGCGCCCGACCUUCCUCAAAAUCAAGAAGCCCCUUUCCUACCGCAAACCCAUGGACACGGACUUGGUGUACAUAGAGAAAUCCCCCAACUAUUGUGAAGAAGACCCCGUCACGGGCAGCGUGGGCACGCAGGGCAGGAUGUGCAACAAGACGGCCCAGCAGUCCAACGGCUGCGACCUGAUGUGCUGCGGCCGGGGGUACAACACCCACCAGUACUCGCGGGUGUGGCAGUGCAACUGCAAGUUCCACUGGUGCUGCUACGUCAAGUGCAACACGUGCAGCGAGAGAACAGAGGUCUAUACCUGUAAGUGAGCACGUGGGGCACGGCCCUGGCCGCGGAUACCUUUGCACAUGCGCUCGAUGUACCUGCACGGGGCUGCAGGGGGGACCUGCUCGCCCAGAGGAGACGCUGGCGGACGGAGC